CCGCUGCCUGCGUGCGUGGAUCAAGAAAUAUAUAUAGAUGGUGAGGGAAGGAGGAGAAGAGGGGGUGCGAGUGCUCGGGAAGUACGAGCUAGGGAGGACGCUGGGCGAGGGCAACUUCGGCAAGGUGAGGUACGCCAGGCACGUCGACUCCGGGCUGGCCUUCGCCGUCAAGAUCCUCGACCGCAAGCGCAUCCAGUCGCUCAAGAUCGACGACCAGAUCAAGAGGGAGAUCGGCACGUUGAAGCUGUUGAAGCACCCCAACGUCGUCCGGUUACAUGAGGUAUCAGCUAGCAAAACCAAGAUUUACAUGGUCCUCGAAUACGUGAACGGCGGUGAACUGUUCGACAAAAUUGCAUCAAAAGGUAAGCUUUCAGAAGGCGAAGGAAGGAAGCUCUUCCAGCAGUUGAUCGAUGGUGUUAGCCAUUGUCAUGAUAAGGGAGUCUACCACAGAGAUCUGAAGCCGGAAAAUGUGCUUGUGGAUGCAAAAGGAAACAUAAAGAUAUCUGAUUUCGGCCUCAGUGCUCUACCUCAGCAUCUCGGGAAUGAUGGAUUGCUACACACAACAUGUGGAAGCCCCAAUUACAUUGCUCCUGAGGUUCUCUGCAACCGAGGUUACGACGGUGCAAGGUCGGAUAUCUGGUCCUGCGGUGCCAUUCUGUACGUGAUUCUUACAGGGUGUCUUCCUUUCGAUGACAGAAACUUCGCUGUUCUUUGCCAGAAGAUCUGUAGGGGAGAUACCAAGAUCCCCAGGUGGCUCUCUCCUGGAGCUCAAAACAUGUUGAGGAGAAUUCUUGAUCCAAAUCCUGUAACCCGGAUCAAUGUGGCUGGAAUCAGAGCAGAUGACUGGUUCAAGAAAGACUAUUCUCCGGCUGUCCCAUUCGACUACGACGACAACGAUGAUUCGAGCCUAUAUGGCUCUCUUCCGAUUAAGGAGCAUAAUGUAUUGGAUGGAAAUGGCACUUCACCUGUCAAUGCAUUUCAGCUGAUUGGAAUGUCUGCAUCUCUUGAUCUUUCUGGCUUCUUUGAGAACGAGGAUGUUUCCGAAAGGAAAACUAGGUUCACCUCGACGCAUUCGCCAAAAGAUUUGUCAGACAAGAUUGUGGACAUUGUCACAGAAAUGGGGUUGGAGGCUCAGAAGGGACAUGGCAAAUUGAAAGUAGGAACAAAGUCCAAGGAUUCAAAGAGUUCACUCUCUGCUGCUGCAGAGAUCUUGAAGCUCAGCCCAUCUCUGCAUGUUGUGGAACUGAGAAGAUUGGAUGGUGAUUCUUCCUUGUAUAGAAAGGUAUCAUGUCAUGUCUCACUGAGGAUUAAAGACCUCAAAGCUAAGCUGCUGUAGAAUCCAUCACUGGCAUCUCAACAUUUUUCUUCAUUCAUCCAGAUGUGUGCCAAGCUAUCGGAAGAGCUGGGAGACGACUCUUGUUGAAUUGUGGCACGGCAUUAGGUGUAGGAAUGAUGCACAAUGGGAAUAAGGUGAAGUGAUGUAUAAAUGGAAUAAGGUUAAGUGUUGUACAUAA